GUCGCGCACGCAUAGUACGUCCGCCGUGCCCGAGUGUUAGCCGGGCGGGUUCUUCUGCUACAAGCAGCCGGAGUGUGUGAGGUAAUAACGGCCGCCGCCCGUGGGAGGGACGGGAGUUGAGUGCAGCACCCCGGAUAUAAACCAGCCGGUCACCGAGCUCGGCGGCGGCUAGCACCACCAGGACCGAGCAGAGACUCCGGCGGGAGAAGGCCUCAGAAUAGAAAUGGCAGCGAUUCGUAAAAAACUUGUUAUUGUGGGAGAUGGUGCAUGUGGCAAAACUUGCCUUCUAAUAGUGUUCAGCAAAGACCAGUUCCCAGAGGUGUAUGUACCAACAGUGUUCGAGAACUAUGUUGCAGACAUUGAGGUUGAUGGGAAACAGGUGGAGCUGGCUCUUUGGGAUACAGCUGGACAAGAAGAUUAUGACAGACUGAGACCUUUGUCCUAUCCAGACACAGAUGUUAUAUUAAUGUGUUUUUCUAUUGAUAGCCCUGACAGUUUAGAAAAUAUUCCCGAGAAAUGGACUCCAGAAGUUAAACAUUUUUGCCCCAAUGUACCAAUUAUCUUGGUUGGGAAUAAGAAGGAUCUGCGUAAUGAUGAGCACACUCGCAGAGAGCUCACCAAAAUGAAACAGGAGCCAGUAAAGCCAGAAGAAGGCAGGGACAUGGCCAAUCGAAUUUCUGCCUAUGGUUACAUGGAAUGCUCUGCCAAGACAAAAGAUGGCGUUAGAGAGGUGUUUGAGAUGGCCACGCGGGCAGCUUUGCAAGCCAGACGUGGCAAAAAGAAAACCACGUGCCUUCUCAUAUAACAAACAUGCUGUAAUGCACACAACAUACACCACGUCCCCACACUCCUGCAGGAGGCGGGAUGGAGGGGCCAAUGUGCAGCGAGGGAGAUCCCUGUGGCAUCCAUGAAGUCACCGAAAAAUCCUUGACGUGAUUAUUAAUCUUUAGCGUGUUCUUACUGGCCUUCUAUAUAAUUUUUUUUUUUUUUUGUCUACUGAAUUGAAAUUUUAUAAAAAAAAAGUUCUCUUGCUACCAGUAUUUAAGUAAA